GUGACUACCACCGAUGACCCCCUUGGGAAACGAGCCAAUAGUGUUGGUAGGUUAAUGCCACACGUCAAGCACGUCCGCUCCUCUCCUCUCUUCCUCUUUAGGCUAACACUUGUAAAUAGAGCCAAAGUAAGCUCUGCCACCGACCGCACCAAGAUCCUGUCCGCAGGUGAACGCAGUGAACAAGCGGUAUCCGGAUACCUCCUGCAAAAGGGCUACUGGAACGACCCAAUCCGUACAGCGCGAGUCAGGACGAAAAAUGAGAACAGGAAGUUGGGGAGGCAUGUAAAUGAUUUACCGCGGCACCUCUACUGCUUACUCCAUUCCGCUAUAGAGCUAAGAAAUUGGAUUGCACUGGGUGGACUGGAGACGAAGCAGAAUUGGGCGUGAGCGGCUAAAUGAAGAUUACCGGGAUAUUACGAGAUCUGAUCAUGUAGGGUGGGGAAAACAUUGUAGGUCCUCUGGAACCUUCGACUGGUGUUGGUAUGGUCUAACCCUUGAAGCGCCCUGUUAAGAUUGAAAAUUAGCUAUUUGCCCAUCUAAUGAUUGUCGAGUCUUCAUGAGUAGGGCUCGGGGGCCCGGGAAAAAGAUACGCAUGGGUUGUUGUAUGGUUGGUUCGGAAGGAGUGGGCUUUGGCAGUGAAUGAGGUUCGGAAGUGGGUUCGGGAGAAGCUGUCGCAUCAGUCUGGUAUGCUAUAACAUGCUCCCAGGUAGCAUCUGAGACAUAUUAGGGCGAAAGGCUAACGUAGUGAUAGUCCCACAAUAUGUGUUCUGGGAGGACGCCUGUCCGGAGACUGCCAGUAGGAAGAUACAGAGGUUUGUGCUGCGACAGAUGGGAGCGGGACUGUUUGCUAGGGGGGAGGGACUG